AUGCCAGCAACUUCACUGACCCAGAAUCCGAGUCCUUAUUAUCGUUCGGUCAUGCAGAAGGCGAGGAGGCGUCGCGUGCCGGCGUUCGGGGAGUGGAACUACAGCUACCACCACGACGAGCCGGAGGCGGCGGCGGCGACCGCGUGCUACGCCACGCCGGAGCCGGAGGCCUGCAGCGACGUGUGGUUCAGGUACUCGCCUCCUCCACGCAAUCCCACGCCCAAGAAGAAGCAAGCGAGGCGGCGGCGGCCGGAGGGCGACGUGUCCCGGGAGCGCGCCAGGGCGUCCACGGACGCUGCUGUCACGGCCAAGAGCGGCGCCAGCAGGUACCAGGUGCGGCAUGUCGACGAGGACCUCUACAAGGCGCCACCGCCGGAGCCCGCCUCCCACCGGCGGCCAAGGAAGAAGUGGAGCAUGUGGAUGGGAUGCCUGGGCCUCAACUCAUGCGUCGCCUCCUGA